AUGAUUCAAAAUAAAUCAACCCCACUAACUGAAUUUAAAUUUACAAAUAAUAAUUUCGAAUCGACAUCUUUAGAAGUAGAACCUAUAAAUGGAAUUGAAAAUGGUUUACUAAUUAAGAAUCUAUUAUCUCAUGAAGAAUGUAGUUUAAUACAAAACUCAAUUUUUAACAGUUUGGACAAUAACGAAUUUGUCAAACAUGGGUUGAGAAUUCAUAAAAAUUCUGAAGAUUUUGCAAAUAUUAUUUAUGGUAGAAUUGAAAAUUGUUGUGUCAAAAAAUUAAAAAGAAAAAACCCUUCAAAUUCAAAUGAACAAUUGGAGUGGAAUAUUGACUCUGUUUCACCAAAAUUUAGAUUUAUUAGAUAUAAUGAAGGGGAAUUGUUUCCAAACCAUACCGAUGGUGAGGUGAAAAAUGAAAAUAAAAUGUCAUUUUUUUCAAUUUUAAUAUUUACAAAUGAUUGUGGUGUUGACUUUAAAGGAGGUGAAUUUAGAUUCUUUAAAAAAGAUAAUAACUUACAAUUAGAGGAAAUUACAAGAGUUGAACCCAAACGAGGAAUGGCAUUGAUAUUUGAUCACACAAUUAUUCAUGACUCUAAUAUAAUUACAUUUGGCCAAAAACAAACUAUCAGAUCAGAUUUAAUAUAUAGAUUAUCUAAUUAA